GUAUCUAUUAAGUGUGAAAACUGUUAGAUUUUGAAAAGCAAAUUUUUAGAAAAUUUUUCCUGUUCAGAACCUCCCUCUCUAGAAUUGCUUCAAACUUUGGCAUUCUUAAAUGAAUUUACUAAGAAGAUGUUUGUUUAUUUUCAUUUGCAUGCUUGGGGUUGGGGAGAAUGCAAAAAUGUAAUAUAUUUAGCUUUUUAAGAGUAAUAUGCACGAGCUUAGGAAUCACUAUAUACUCCCAACCAAUAAUAGCAAGUCUUGGUUAAAAAGAAAAUCAGUACAAAAAUUUGUAUUAUUUAAAACUAGACAAAUUGAUAAGGAAGAUACCUUAGGGAGGUGUUUUUCCCUCCAUGAAUAUUCUGCUUAAUUUAUAUAUAACUUUAAGUAAUCAAAAUACCCUGAAUUCCAGAUGAAUGGUUUUCUGCCUACUGUCGUUUUACAUUAUUGAUAUUCUGAGUAUAUUCACAACAAACUAAGACAUGUCAAAAUAUAUCUGUGUGUUUUGAUCCAGGUAUCAAAAUGUAUGUAGAAAUGGAAAUAGGUACAUAAGUAUCACUGCUGAAGGUAAAGAUAUAGACAUAUAUGCAGAUUAACACUAAUUGUGGUAUAUAAUUUACUUUCAACUCUAAUAAGAAGGUUAAAAGGUAAAAAUUUGUUAAUGCAUACAUAAUAUUAUAAGAAGCAAACUGCAAGAACCCAAAAGUGUGGAAAGGUGGAGGUUAUAAAGAUAUGGUAGUAUUUUUGUAUGCAACUGAAGUUAAGUUGUUAUCAACUUAGAAAAGUAUAACCAAAUGUCAAAGUAAAUCAUGAUUAAAAAUCAAAUAACAAACGAAGAUAAUAGGAGAAAAAGGGGAGCAAAACAGUUGUCAAAUAGACAGGAAGCAACAAACUAGCAAUAGUAAGUCCUUACUUAUCAGUAAUUACCUUAACUGUAAAUAGAUUAAACUCACCACUCAAAAGGAGUUAUAUGCAUGGAUUUUAAAAACAGGAUCUGACAGCAGCCAAUGGGAGGUCCCAGUGGCUCAUGCUCAUGCACACAGUGGGAGGGGAGGGAGCACAGGACGUGCACACACCCUCUCCCUCAUCCACCACUGCCACCUCCUGCUGCUACUUGUGUGCUCGUUAGGUGUGGACCUACCACCUCUUGUGAAGUGGCAGCUGAGGAGAUUCUGGUGCUCGCCAUGGCUGUUGAAAAGCCCAUGGAAGGAGUCAAGACUGAGAAAGAUCAUAUUAAUUUGAAGGUGGUGGAACAGGAUGAUUCUGUGGUGCAGUUUAUGAUUAAGAGGCAUACCCCACUUAGUAAACUAAUGAAAGCUUAUUGUGAACAACAGGGAUUGUCAGUGAGGCAGAUGAGAUUCUAAUUUGACAGGCAACCAAUCAGUGGAACAGACACACCUGGACAGUUGGAAAUAGAAGAUGAAGAUACAAUCGAUGUGUUUUAACAGCAGACAGGAAGUGUCUACUGAAAAGGGAACCUGCUUCUUUACUCCAGAACACUGCUUUAAAGACCAGGAUUAUUACUUUCUCAAUUAGAAAACUGCAGUUUGGUUCCACGACAUCCUGACUACUACAGUAUAGUUUACUCUUUCAUUUCCCACCUCCGCAUUCCUUUAUUAUACAUUAAGUAACUGGUAUAUAUGCACAAGCAUAUUGAUUUUUUUCUUCAAACUAAACAGCCAGUGGUAUGUUUUGAUUGACAUCAAGUAGAAACAGGAUGGGGAAAAAUACUGAUUCUGUGAAAAUACCCCCUUUCUCCAUUCGUGGCAUGCUCAUUCAGCUCUUACCUUUAUAUUCCAGUACGUUAUUUUGCUCUCACUAUUACCAAAAAAAAAAUUGUCUCUUACCUUUUUCAAUUGGAGAAUUUUAAUGUUUUUCAUUUACCAUUGUGAAAUCAAGGAAAAUUCUGUAACUUUUUUAUACUUAGCUGCCACAUGUAGGGCAAUCUGUCUUUAAGUAGGGAUAAAUUACUUUUAAAAAAAGAAAGAAUCCUAGAUAGUUUUCCCUUCAAGUCAAGCUGCUUGUUUAAAUAAACUUCUGGUUUAAAAUGAAAGAAGAAAUAAAAAUAGAAAUAGGAUCCAAUAAUAUACUAUCUAUAAGAGACUCAUUUUAUAUCUAAAGACACGCAUAGCAGAAAGUGAAGGGGUAAAAAAUGAUUUUAUAUAAAUGGUAGCUUAAAGAAAUAAAAAGUGGCUAUAUCAGACACAAUAGAUUUUUAAGUCUAAAACUGUUGAGACAAAGAUUAUUAUAUAAUGGUAAAAGGAUCAAUUCAGCAGGAAAAUAUAAAAUUAUAAAUACACAGCCCACAACAGACUGCAUUAAUAUGUAAAACAAAUAUUGACAGAUCUGAAGACAGAAAUUAACGGCAAUGGGAGACUUCAGUACCCACCUUACAAUAGUAGAAUAUCCAGACAGAAAAUCAGUAAAGAAACAACCAAUUUGAACAUAAUGUUAAACCAAGUGGAUAUAGCAAACACAGAACUUUCUGCCAACAGCAAAAAAAUAUACAUUCUUCUCAGGCACACACAGAACAUUCUGUAGGAUAGAUCAUAUGUUAGUUCACAAAACAAGUCUAAACAAACCUAAGAAGAUUAGAAAUCAUACCAGCUAUUUUUUCUAACCACAGUGGAAUGAAACCAGAAAUCAGUAACAGCAAGAAAACCGGAAAAUUUGUGGAAACUUACACUCAUGAACAAUCAGUGAGUCAAGAAGGAAAUCAAAAGGGAAUCUUAACAGUAUCUUCAGACAAAAAUGAAAACACAGCAUACCAGAAUCUAUUGGAACACAGCUGAAAGCAGUACUAAAAGAUAAGUUUAUGAAAUAAAUGAAAGGUACGUUAAAAAAGAAGAGAGAUCUCAAACAAUUAUACCUUAAGAAACUAGUAGAACAACAAGCUAAGCCUGAUGUUAGCAUAAUGAAGGAAAUAAUAAGGAUUAGAGCAAAAAUAAAUCAAAGAGAAUUAAAAAAAAAAAAACACAAAAAAAGUAAAACUAAGAUUUUUAUUUUCUUUAAAUCAACAAGAUUGACAAACCCUUAGCUAGAUAAAUUGAGAGAAAAAGAAGACAAAAGCAGAACUGAAAAUGGAAACAUUAAAACAGAUGCCUUAGAAAUAUAAGGAUCAUAAGGGAAUAUUAGGAACAGUUUUAUGCCAACAGACUAGAUAACCUAGAAAAAAUUGAUACAUUCCUAGAAACAUACCACCUGUCAAAGCUGAAUCAAGAAGAAUUAGAAAGCCUGAAUAGGCCAAUAAUAAACAAGCAGAUUGAAUCAGUAGUCAAAAAUCUCCCAACAAAUAUCCAGCAUGGAUUUAGAAAUUUUUUUAAAAACUCCCAACAAAGAAAAGCCCACAACCAGAUCAUGAGUGAAUUCUGUCAAACAUUUCAAUCAAAAAUUAAUACCAACCCUUCUUAAGCUCUUCCAAAAAUUAGAAGAGGGAACACUUCCAAACUCAUUCUGAGGCAAGCCUCACCCUGGUACCAAAACCAGACAAAGAUACUACAAGUGAAGAGAACUACCGGCCAAUAUUCCUGAUGAACAUAGAUGCAAAAAUCCUUAGUAAAAUACUGGGAAACCAAACUCAGUGCAUUAAAAGGACCAUACACCAUGACUAAGUGGGGUUUAUCCCUGGGACUUAAGGAUGAUUCAACAUACACGAAUCAAUUAAUGUGAUACAGCAAACACUGAAGUAAAAUGAAAGUAAUAACCAUGUAGUCAUGUUAAUAGAUGUAUAAAAAGCAUUUGAAAAAGUUCAGUUUUAAUUAAAACUCUCAACAAAAUAUGUAUAGAAGGAACUUAACACAAUAAAAGCCAUGUAUAAAAACCCAAUAGGUAAUAUAAUCAAUGGAGAAAACUGAAAGCUUUCCCUCUAAGAUUUGGCACCAGCAAGGGUGCCAUUUUUGCCACUUAUUUUCAACACAGUAGUAGAAGUCCUAUUGUGGUAUCCAUUUUUCUGUUGCUAUAAAGGAAUACCCGAAGCUGGGUAAUUUAUAAAGGAAGAAAGUUUAAUUGGCUCACAGUUCUGCAGAUUGUGCAGGAAGCAUGGCACCGACAUCUGCUCAGCUUCUGAAGAGGCCUCAGGGAACUUUUACUCAUGGCAGAAGGUCAAACCAGCAAGCAAACAGAGGCAUAUCACAUAGUGAACAAGAAGGUGGGAGGUGCCUCACCUUUCAAACAACUAGAUAUUGCAUGAACUCAGAGCAAUAUCUCAGUCAUUAUUGUGAAACCUCCACAAAACUAUGGAUGCAGGAUCCACCCCCACGACCUAGACACCUCCCACCAAACCCUACUUCUAACAUUAGGGAUUUACAUUUCAAUAUGUGAUUUGGAGAGGACAAACAUCCAAACUAUGUUACCUAGCCAGAGCAAUUAGACAAGAAAAAUGUAUCCCUAUCAGAAAGGAGGAAAUAAAAUUAUCUCUGUUUGCAAGUGACAUGAUCAUAUAUGUUGAAAACCCCAAAGACUCAACCAAAACAACUGUUAAAACUAAUAAAUUUAAUUUAGUAAAAUUGCAAGACACAAAAACAAUGUACAAAAGUCCAUUGUAUCUCUACACACAAGCAACUAUCAAAAAAGUAGAUCAAGAAAACAAUCCCAUUCACAAUAGCAAGAGGAAGAAUACUUAGGAAUACACUGAAAAUUAUAAAACAUUGAUGAAGGAAAUUAAAGAAGACAUAGAUAAAUAGAAACACAGCCUGUGUUCAUGGAUUAGAAGAAGUAAUGUUAUUAAAAUAUCCUUACUACCAAGAGUACUCUACACAUUCAAUGUAAUCUCUAUCAAAAUACCAAUGGCAUUCUUUACAGAAACAGAAAAAAAAAAAAAUCCUAAAAUUAUGUGGAACCAGAAAAGACCCUGAAUAGCCAAAGCAAUCUUGGGUAAGAACAACAGAGCUGGAGACAUUACAUUUUCUGAUUUUUUUUUUAAAUAUUACAGUUAUAGUGAUCAAAACAAUGUGGUGCUGACAUAAAAAUAGACAUAUUAACCGAUGGAACAGAAUAGAGAGCUGAGAAAUAAAUCCAUGCACCUAUGGUCAGCUUAUCUUUGACAAAGGUGCCAAAGUUAUAGUGAUGAAAACAGUAUGGUGCUGACAUAAUGUUACAAAGUUAUAGUGAUCAAAACAGUGUGGUGCCAACAUAAAAAUAGACAUAUUAACCAAUGGAACAGAAUCAAGAGCCAAGAAAUAAGUCCAUGCAUCUGUGAUCAACUUAUCUUUGACAAGGGUGCCAAGAACAUACAAUGGGAAAAGGAUAGUCUCUUCAGUAAAUAGAUGUCCACAUGCAGAUGAAUGAAAUUAAAACAUUACCUCACACUGUGUACAAAAAUAAACUCGAAAUGGAUUAAAAAUGUAAGCAUAAGACCUGAAACCAUAAAACUCCUAGAAGAAAACUUAGAUAAAAAGCUUCUCGACCUGGUCUGGGCAUUGAUAUUUUGGAUAUGACACCAAAAGCACAGGCAGCAAAAGCAAAAAUAGGCAAGUGAGGUUACGUCAAACUAAAACGCAUCUGCACAGCAAAGGAAAUAAUCAGCAGUGAAAAGGCAGCCUACAGAAAGCGAGAAAAUAUUCGCAAACUGUGUAACCUCUAAAGGGUUUAUAUUCAAAAUGUAUAAGGAACUCAUGCAAAUCAAUAGCAGUAGAAACCAAUAACCAGAUUUUAAAAUGGGCAAAGGACCUGAAUAGACAUUUUUGAGAAGGUAUACAGAUAGCCAACAGGUAUAUUGAAAGAUGCUCAACCUCACUAAUCAUCAGGGAAAUGCAAAUUAAAACCCAGUGAGAUACCACCUUACAAACCUAUGAGAAUGGUUAUUAUGAGAAAGGUGAAAGAUUACAAGCAUUGAUGAAGACAUAGAGAAAAGAGGAUCCUUAUACACUUUCAUGGGAAUGUAAGUUGAUGCAGCUAUUAUGAAAAGAGGUUCAAAAAAUUUAAAAUGUUAUGGUCUAGUGAUCCCACUUCUGAGCAUAUAUCCAAAAGAAAUGUGAAAUAAGUAUCUCAAAAAGUUACCUGCACUCAUGUUGCUUUCAGCAUUAUUCACAAUAGCCAAAAUAUGAAAACAACCUAAAUGCCUGUAUAUGGAUAAUGAAAACAUGAGAGGCACACACGUACAUACUCACACACAUAACACACAGUGGAAUAUUAUUCAGCCUUAAGAAAGAAGGAAAUCCUGUCAUUUGCGAUAACAUGGGUAAACCUGGAGGAUGUCAUGCUAAAUGACAUAAGCCAGACAAAGAAGGACAAAUACUGUACGAUCUCACCUACAGAUAGAAUUCAAAAAUGUCAAACUUAUAGAAACAGAGAGCAGAACAGUGGUUCUGGGAGAAGAGGGUAUGGAAGAUUGUGGUCAGAAGGGUACAGAGUUUCAGCUAUAUAAGAUAACUAAACUCUGGAGAUCUAGUGUACAACAGUGUGACUGUAGUUAACAGUAGUUUAUUAUAUAACUGAAAUUUGCUAAAGGAGAUCUUAAGUGUUCUCACCACAGUGGGGUGGGGGGAAGAUAAGCUAUAUGAGGUGCUGAAUAUGUUACUUAACUUGAUUGUAAUAAGUAUUUCACAGUGUAUACAUAUGUCAAAUCAAGUUGUACAGCUUUAAUUUUUAACUGUCAACUAUAUAUCAAUAAAGUUGUGGGGGGAACAAAGCAAAGACAGCAAAAUAACAGUUUUCAUUCAUACAAAUUCUGAUAAGUCAACACACGUGGUGAAUCAGGUCAGCACUCCUGGGGUUAUAUCAUCCUCACUACUAGUGUGCUGCAACAAAUGCUCAAAACUUAAAAUUUGUUCCACAUGUUUGUGUUUUCAAAUGUCUUCAGAGAUAAAAAUUAUUUGUGUUACUUCUUCCUUCAUAAGAAACAUUAAGGUUUUUAGAAAUAUGAAAGUAUGAAUUAUGGAUAGGAAAAUGUACAUUUUUCCUGUGAAGCUGAGGACACCCUAAAAAAAUGUAUGGUUACUGUUACUGAGAAAUUCAGUGCCUAACACAGGGGAGGAAAAAGAGAGGUUAAGAAAAAAUUAAAACAUUUUAUGAAUCAGGCAGUUGUUCACAUGCUUACAUACUGGUAGGAAUACCAUGUUAAAUUGGGUUUUAGGCUAGCAGCUGGCAAACAGCGACCCAUGGGCCAAAUUCAGCUUUCCAUCUGUUUUUAUCAAUAAAGUUUUAUUGAAAAAAAAAAAGAAAUGAGAACAAGAAAGAACUCGUAUGUUACUGGUUCUUCAGUUGGUUACAAGAAUUUUUACAUUCUCAUUUAGUAUUGUGUUCUUUCUGCUCCUUCAUUUUUAUAUAUAAUUAGGUAUCUCUCUGUCCUCAUAUUUUAUUUAAAUGUUUUUAAACAUAGUUGGAAUACAAUGAACAGUUAUUACAGAGGAUCAUAGUGAGAGUAGGGCAUUUGGCCCAAUAAGCAAAUGUUCAGAGACUAGAUGCUAUUUGGAUGGUAAUUGAAUAAAGGAAUAGAGAUGACAGCAGUAUAAGCACUGACUCUUUAAAAUAUGCAAGAUGAGCAUUUCAGACACUGAAUGAGUUUCCUUAAUAUAAUCUUCCUACUCUUUUUGAAAAAUAAGAAUUUUUUCUUAUGAGAAGAUUUCCGUUUUGCUUCAACGUAAUCUGUUACUUCAAAUUAAUAAUAACCUGUUAUUUUACAUAAGUGAGAUAAAAUUGGUCUUGACAGUUAUUGAAGCAGGAUGAGUACAUGAAGGUUCAUUUUGCUAUCCUACUUUUAUAUAUGUUUGAAAUUUUCCAUAAUAAAAAAAUAAGAAAGGUCCAAGAAAAAAAUCCUUUACUUAAAAGUUUUUACAUCAAAGAUAGAAGUUUGUAUGCUGGCUGUUUUGGGAGAAAUAAGGAAUCAAUAAUUUUUUGCAGUAAGGCUAAAAUACACAUUACCUUCAUGAAUAGAGAUGUAUUUAGUCCUUGAAAUCAGUUCUGCUUCACAAUGUAGAGUUUUCUAACAGCUAAAAUUAAAUAUAUUUAGAUCAUUCUUUAUGAUCUAAUUUCUUCUUCUUUUUUCUAAUUUUGGUUAUUUAGUUACAAAUACCUCUAAUAAGAAAAAAAUUUAUAAUUCUAAGUACCAAGUGAGAUUAUAAGAAAACCACUGGAGAUUUUUCAUUUUAAAAAAUUUAUAGAUCCCUUAUUGAUUGCCUUAGGUAUUAUUUAAAUAAUGAAAAAUAUGCUGACAUUUAAUAGUAUGUUGAAGUGUGAAAAGGUACUUCCUUAUGGUCACUCUCCCUAAAAUUUUAACUUUGCAGUUAAGCAGAAAUAGUCAACAAAGUUUUACUAAACUUGCCAGGUGAAAAUGUUUUCUAAUGCCUAAGACCAAAAUUCUAGUAAGUAGGAUGGAUCCCCAGAUUAAAACAAUUAUUCUAUAUAAUAUUUCCCAGAUAUAGAAUGUGAAAUGAUUUUACAUGAUAAAAAGUCAAACUUUUUCUAACUGUAUUUCUUUUCAUGUGUUUCAGAGCAUAGUAACUAGUAUUGUCAGACCCUUGAUUUUUUUAGUAUUCUUACUUAGGAUAAGACUUAUUCAGCGUGUUUGUUUUUAAAUUAUUUAAUUUGGGGGAAAUACUAUAUAAAUACUAUUCAAGUUAUGCAUGUGGCAAAA